AUGAAGUAUCUUGCUCGCCUUCAGGAUUCAGCUGCAAGGUACAACACCGGAAGAACAGCAGGCGAUGACCCAGCACCAACCUCGAAGAGGACGAGAGGUGGUGAUGAACUGCAGCAGCCAGGAGAUGGAGCACCGUCGGCGGAUGUCCCCGUCACUGGCAGUGGAGCGACGAAAGAGGGUCGGGCUUGGCGGCGCGACGCAAGGGGCACGGUGGUCGCGGAUGGUGGUCGGCUCGUCGUCACCGGUCAGGGCAGCAGCUCAGGGCGCCGGUCCUCGUCGCUCAUCGGCUCGCCGCCGCCUGCCGUUGCCCAGGGAACCCCAUCGCCAGCCGGCGCCGGCCCCGCCCCUCCCGGACUCCUCCGCAUCCCUCCUCUCCCUCGUGCGGCAUCGCCUGAAGCCGCGGCUCGCCUAGUCACCGACCCGUCGCCGUCGCGCGCCAUCGCCCUGCGCCCGUCCUUCGCCGCCCCGUCGUCGCCGGUGCUCCCUGUAGCCCGCCUCUUCGUCCACCUCCCCGCUGGGCUACAUCGCCCCUCGCCGCUGCCUGAAGGCCUCCCCAUCGCCGGACCACCCGCCGUCGCUGCUCGUCGCUGCAGCCCGGAGCUCCUCCGCCUUGUCCGUCGCCCCGUCCUCGACUCCCCUUCGACGGCUCCACCGAGCCCAUUGCCUUCCCCCUGGAGCUCCCCUGUGAGGAACCCCCCUCCUAUCCUCCUUCCCCUCCUCCCGUACGGCCACCGUCCGCCACUCCCUCACGUCGCAAGCACGUGCGCCGACGCGCACCAAGGUGCCCCGCGCGCCUCCCCCUGCUCUGGCCACCGAGGCCCGCGCCUGUCGUGGCCUUGCUCCGCGCCCGUCGCGGACCUCUGGCCGCGAACGGCGUCCUCCGCCAUCCCCAACUGCUCCGCCUUCCUCGCUUCACCCCCUGGCGCUGGCGCCGUCGCCCCGCGGCUGGAUCGGGCGAGCGCCCUAUCAGACGGGCUGCGCCCAGCGCCCGCUUCAGCCGCCUAG